GCGGUCUCGCUCUCACGGUAUGCCAUUGGCGAAUCGUCGUCCAUUAACGCCCCACGCCUACGCAGUGGCGUGUUGGCGCGACGGGGAGUGUUGGUAAACACUACAACAUUGAUACGUUUGUGUAGCCUAUCAGCGGCCACACAAGCGCUAAUAGGUACUGAAUUGGCUGUUGGUUGACAACGAAUUUGUGUGGUCCCACCCAUUGGACGCGGUCAGUUGUUGGCCAGACGAGCUGCAGGUUACAUCUAAAGGAAUUAGGGCAGAGUGCGAGUCGUGGUGGAAGGAUGGAGUGGCAAUUCGGUGCAGCUCUAGAUUUACCCAAACUACAGCAACUGCAAUGCCACUGGAGCAGCAUUCUCGCACAGCGCAGGUACCAUCCCUACAGCAGGGAACUGCCGCACAUAUCCGACUCUCGCCGCAGCUCCACUCCUCCGUCGUCGGAGAAAAUGAUGUGGAUGCAGCGGCACUACGACGACGAGCUGUACAAGUUUGUGCGGCCACCUUUCUCGUACAGCUCUCUCAUUGCUAUGGCCAUUCAGUCAUCGAAGGAGCAGAAACUGACACUGUGCGGCAUUUACGGCUUCAUCACCGAGACGUUUCCUUUCUAUAAGACGUGCAAAUCCGGCUGGCAGAACUCGAUUCGUCACAACUUGUCUCUGAACGACUGCUUUCAGAAAGUGCCGAGAGACGAGGGCGACCCGGGUAAGGGCUGCUAUUGGCGUAUCGACCCCAACUGCGACAAGUCGUUCGACAACGGCAGCUUUCGAAAGAAACGCAAGCGGAAGAACUCGACUGGACUAUUGCCAAAUAUGAUGGCUCAUGCGAUGGUGGGAUACCCAACAGAGGCGAGUCAAUUUAUAUUUUCUUCGCGGUCCAUACCGUAUGGAAGCGGUGCACGUGCACCAGUGUCGAGUUACUUGUGUGGUACGUUGCCGUUUUCGUCCUGUGCACAUAUUUCUGACGCGAUGACGUCAGAGGAUAAUUACCGUUAUCCCCAUGGAAUAGACGUCGUGAAGUUUCCACCGUCACCAGGUCAAACCGGCAAAAAUCGAUUCACCAAGUUCACUGUGGAACAACUAAUCUCGUAGAACUCUGGAAACUCUGGAACUGACAGUAUAAAUAAAGAUGGACCCAUUUCGCUGGGAAGCUGGGCUUCCCGAGAUCUCGUUUAGAAAUGACGUCAUUUAUAGAAAUUGUUACUCUACGGACCCGAGCUCUGAAAGGCGUAUUGAAAUUGUAUGGAUGCUAGAGUACAUAUAUGCUUUUUUAUUGAUAGCGAUUGUAUAGAGGCUUGAACAAAUAAAAGAGGGUAAAUGUUU